UUAGAAAACUCAAUCAGUAGUAAGAAGAAUUGAGAAGAGAGCGAGCAAAGGAAGAAGAGAAACAAAAAACACAAACCAGAAAACGAAAAAAAAUGAGCGACGGAGGUGCAAAACGACAAGGCGGAAGACCAUUACCGCCGCCUCCAAGAGGUCCCCCUCCUCCAUCCUCCCGCCCUCGCCUCGAGCCCGUCGAUCGGGAAAAGACUUGUCCCUUGCUCUUGCGUGUUUUCACUAAGAUAGGAAGUCAUCAUACGAUGGAUGAUUUUUCCGUUAGAGGGAAAGAACCUAAAGAUGAAGUUCAGAUUUAUACUUGGAAAGAUGCUACUCUUAGAGAGUUAACCGAUCUUGUCAAAGAAGUGGCUCCUGCUGCAAGAAGAAGAAAUGCAAAGCUCUCUUUUUCUUUUGUGUUUCCUGAUAAAAAUGGUCGUUUCAAAGUUCAAGAGGUGGGUAAGACACUAUCUUUUGGAAAUGGAAGAUUAGACGAUAACAAGGCUUUAGCUGAGCUUGGUUUUGAGAUUGGCGAUUACUUGGAUGUGGCUAUUCUGUAGGUUAUGUUUAUGUAACAUUGUUGUGUUUACGGCUGCCCAUGUUUGAGGGCCUCAAACACUUGGUUUAUAUUGGAGUUAAAUACUUUGUAGAAUGUUAAGUUGUUAAUGUCGCAGGAACUUAAAAUGGUGCAGUUUAUUUGAUUGUGAAAAUGAUAGAUUGACAAUUGGUCAGCUCGAAGACCAAUUUAUGACCUGUUUGAGAGUAGAAAGGAAUAUGCAAAGAGAAUGGGUUACCUCUAAA